GAACUCCAGUUGAACUUCAAACAUUGGACACAUCGCUGAGAAGAAAUACGCUGUACCUAUUUCUUUCGAAUAUAAACACGUGAAUUUCGAUUUCAAAUUUUUCAAAUAUUAAAAGAGAAUAUCGAUUUGAGGAACUUGAAUUCGACUGAACACACAUGAUGUCAUUGUUGCCGCUGUUAUUUUCUGCCUGGUGGGCAGAUUUGGAUCGUCCACAUCGUAUCUGGGAUCAAAAUUUUGGCAUGGGCCUAUAUCCUGAACAAUUAAUCUUUCCCAGUUCAUUCGAUUCGAGAAUGUAUUCGCCGUUAAACAACAAAGCUAUGUUGGACUUGUACCGACCUUUGGCUGAGCUUUUGCGACGUGACGAGGGUGGCACGUCGACCAUUACAGCGGACAAGGAUACGUUUAAAGUGAUACUCGACGUCCAACAAUUUAAACCCGAGGAGAUCAACGUGAAACUGAUCAAUCGAUUGGUCGUGGUAGAGGCGAAACACGAAGAAAAGAAAGACGAGCACGGUUUAAUCUCGAGACAAUUUAUAAGAAAAUACUUGUUACCUGAACAAGUGGAUGAAGAGAAAUUGGCGUCGAGUAUAUCUUCCGAUGGCAUAUUAAUAAUCACGGCUCCAUUGAAGCAGAUUGAAGAAAACUUGAACGAGAGAAAUAUCAAAGUCGAGUUCACAGGAAAACCAGCUCUUCAUACUGAUUCGAAAGAGCAAACAGCUGACGAGAAGAAACCAGUCUCUGAGAAUGAAAAUCGGGAGGAAAUGACAGAAAAUCCGACGAAAGACAUGCCAGAGAAAAAAUAAAAUUAAAUCUUUCUUAUUCCUAUAAUUUUCUUUUAAUUUAUUUCUAUGUUAAUAUGUAUAGACUGUUUUUUGUUAUAGUUAAUGAUGAUUGAAUGAUAAAUAAUGAUAAUUUAUGAAUUUUUGUUAUAAAAUAUUGUUCAUUUUUUCGUAAUUUUUUAAUAAAAAAAAAAGUUUAAUAAUA